AUGUCGCUGCUUGUAUUAUCAGCAAAGGAUGUCGACGCUGUUGUACAGAAACUUACGCCACAAGAACUGAUGCUUUUGAUGGGCAAAGUGUUCGCUGCUUUGCAGCAGGACGUUCCCGAGGAAGUAUCGCCCAAGCCCGUGCAGCUCCCACAUCGAAUAGCGCUCCACCUACCGUCACAUACCACGCUCUUCAUGCCUUCCCGCCUUGCUUCUGCUGGCGGCUCAGCGAUGAAAGUGGUCAGCGUACCCCUCGAACAUAGUCAGCAUGGGUUGCCUGCCACAACGAUGGUAAUGGAUGAAGAGAGUGGUCGAGUGAGAGCCGUCGUCAAUGCUCGAUCUCUGACGGCUGUCCGCACUGCCGCUGGCUCUGGGCUUGCCGUCAGCAUAAUUGGUCCACGAAAUCCGGAGACACUAGUUCUCUUCGGAGCAGGUCUUCAAAUGCUGUAUCACGGUCUCCUUCUCCUGCGAAUGUAUCCCUCCAUCCGCUCGUGCACUGUCGUGAAUCGCACUGGCAACGCCCGCCUCGAAUCUGUGAUGAAAGCCCUGAGCCGAGCUUUCCCCAAGAUCCUCCUACGAAGUCUUUCAUCCUCUGACAAGGAGAACGAGUCCGCCAUACAGGAUGCAGUCUCCGCCGCUCACAUCAUCUGCUCCGCUACGAGCGCCACACGGCCUCUUUAUGACUCCGACUGGGUGUCACCGGGGACAUGCAUAGUGUUGGCGGGCUCGUACAAGCCCUCAAUGCAUGAGGUCUCCAGCAGGCUCGUGAAGCGCGCGAGCAUCGUCGUGGUCGAUUCGCGGUCAGCAUGCUUAAGAGAGGCCGGAGAACUGAUAGCUGCCAACCUCACGUGGGAGGAUUUGGUCGAAUUAGGUGACUUGCUGGACGUAGAUGGACGUCCACUGCCAGGUCUAAUCGACACCAAAACGAAUUCGUCAGGAGACGUAACGAUCUUCAAAAGCGUCGGUAUCGGUCUGCAGGACGUGGCCAUCGCGAACCUCGUCGUGGAGCAAGCGUUAUCUAUGGGUCUGGGAACAGAGAUUGAUUAUGAUUGA